AUGUCUCCCGCCGUGGUUUCCGAGAUGCAGCCGGAUCUGCAUCAUGACAAGCUCGAGGCCGUCGGCAAAGCCUUCGAUGCGCUCUUACUAACCGUGUACCGGCUGACUCAUAGACAAAAUGAGCUGUUCCAGCACAUGGAUAAAGUCUUCAAAGAGUACACAGAUGUGAUAAAUAUUCUGCCUCCUCAAGAUAGACAUCGUGCAUCUGACGUUCAAAACAAGCUGCUCGCUCAGCUAGAAGAUUACCGUCAGGGCCUCGUACACAGCAAGCCUCGAGUUGAGGAAGAACCGUUGAAUUCCAUGCAUGUAAUCAAGACCCUUGCUGCGCAUCAAAAUGUAGACGAAAAUACUUUCUCGGCCAUCAGGAAUGGAGUCAAAGGGUGCAAGUACCUGCUCCGUUCACAAGAUAGCCUCUCCCAAUUAUCCUCCAACUCGUGCAUCCUCGCGCAAGCACCGACUCCAGCAAUCGCGCUGGAGAAGGACUUCACUACGAAUGGCACCCAGGGAAAUCUACACUGUCCCUUCUCCAAACCGAAUAAUAUGCAGAGCGCAAAUGCCAGCGAAGCUUCCAGUGGGAAAAACUCUGUGCCGAAGGUCCAGAUCGAAGCUACCUGCGGCCACGAGCAUCUGGACCCUGUCAAGGCUGAACUUGAGGACCGACGCUCUAGCCACACCCCAUCAGUCCCGUCGUCAAAAGGAGGAUGCCCCGUCUUCCGAUGCCCGAUCCGAUUCCUCGAUCAACACUCCCCAGAAGAAAUUGCUGAAUACGUCGAACGACACAAACACGAGAUCCCCCGCAGCCAUGCAAUUUGCGUCAAGCGUUAUCAACGAAACCCACAGGACAUGAGACAAUUGGAUGCCAAGUACGGCGGCCUAACCAGCAUGAUUGCUGGCCUAGGUGUCAAGCACCAAGCCUUCCUGCCUGACCGCCAUGCCAGUGGCGAAGCUCACUCCUCACAUUCUGCGUCGAGCGAACGUGUUGAGAAAUGGGCCGAAAACGUGGAUCUCAGUACGCACAGUGCCCAGGACGAGGAGAACGAGGAAAAGAACGAAGAAAAGAACGAGGAGGAUAAGAAUGAGGAUGAUAAACGACAGAGUCACUUCGACCGUCCCCUCCGUGAAGUCCGCGUGGGCGAAUCCCCAAGCAGGCCUUGGGGCAUUUCAGUGCCUGUCACACAUCUACCUCCUGCCUCAGUACCGCUCUCUGGCUCAGCGUCCAUCCCCACAUCCUCCGACCCUCGAGCUGACAAACCCGAUAACCCCACCUAUGCCGACCUCCUUGAUGCUAAGCCUGCUGGCGGCUGUCCAUUCGACCACGGCAAACCAAAGCCUGAAGCCCCAAAGCCCGAAAUUGAAACACCUCGACGUGAUGAAAGACCCAAGGACAAUGAUGUUGCUACACCAAAGAAAUCCGGCUGUCCUUUCGACCACAAUAAACCAAAGGCUGAAGUUCCAAAGCCUGAGUACGAGACCCCUUGGGCUGGUGAAUGGCCUAAGACCUGGCCCAAGGACCAGACCGUCGCAGAUCAAGCACCUGGUCGCCAGGUCGCUCCAACUGCUCCAACUGCUCCUGUCAGCGAGGAAUCGACUACAAAACCCGACAUUUCCUCAUCAUUUUCUACCCCCUCUCACAUCACCUUCAACGGUCCCGUCUUCUUCGGGUACUCCGUCGAAGAGACUGCCAACCUAUUGAAGCAGUUCGGCAACCUAGGUAAAUCAUGA